AUGGCAGGUGGGCCGACACACGAUCUCGAGCCACUCGAGCCACGCGCACCGGUCGCUGAGCCUGCCCUCCCGCCCAUUUACGAUGCCAAAGAUCGACUGCAUCAUACCAUUGCCUGCGCCUCGGCUGCCUUCUCAGUGGCAGUGGAUCAAGCGCGGGGUCGUUUGUUUGUAGGCACACAAAGUGGUCUGAUUGCGGUAUGGGACCUCGAGACGUAUCAACUGUAUGCUCACAUGCUUGGUCAUGCGGACAGUGUGCUUUCUCUUCUCCUGGAAGGAGAGUACUUGUUCAGCGCGUCGUCCGAUAGCACAGUGCGCAUAUGGGAUGCCGAGACACUGCAGCCCCUUGCGCUGGUGUACCCUGCGAACGACAAUGCGGGUGAUAUCUUUUCGUUGGCAUGGGAUGCUCCUCGUACGACUCUCUACUUUGGCUGUCAAGACACCUCGAUUCAGUGGCUUGCUGUGACGCGCGAGACUUUAGCUCGGUCACCGACGCAUGUACGCAAUGUGCGCUUCCAUAAGUUCUUUGAUUCGCGUCCUCGUGCGUUGUCCGGCAUGACGAUGGGGCUCCCCAACGCGGUGCUGGCCGGCGAGGCCUUGGUCCAGCGUUCGGCUGUCCGCUUUAUGGAUCCUGAUGGCACGCCUACGCCUGGGAUGAAUAUGGCUGUGCUUGGUGUGGACAGUGACAAUGUUAUUAUGAAUGCGCAUCAUGGAUAUGUGUACGAUCUUCUACUUCUUCCGCAUGGGGAUACGACGCUCAUGGCGAGUGGUUCUGGCGAUGAGACGGUUCGGUUAUGGCGAUGGGAGCAGGAUCGCCUUGUCUUCCACCAGUCGUUAGCGCUGGCCGAGCCUACAGGCGAUGCGAUCAUGUCGUUGGCUGCGUGGAAAGGCACGUUGCUGGCCGGGAAGCAGAACGGCAUGAUCGAUGUAUGGGACUUGGAAAGCUAUACACUGAUUCGCUCCAUUCACGCACACAACGACGAUGUGCUGUGCCUCUUGACGAUGGACCAGGAGGAGGGCCAAAGCUUUGUGUCUGGCAGUGCCAAUGGCGACGUGUGUCAUUUCGACAGCUACUUCCGAUGCCGCGGCCGAUUGGCGGGCCACAGAGAUAUGGUGCAAGGUCUUGCGAUGUAUCAAGGCCACACGAAGCAUGCGUAUUCAUGGCUGACAAGUGCGCCUGUGCUGGUCACCGUAUCCUCCGACGAGCAUGUGCGCAUGUGGCAUUAUAAUCUGCCGCGCAUCGGACAGGCGGACGAGGCUGGCCAGAAACGAGAGGAAGUGGCGCCUGCCUCCUCGUCUGCGCUGCUGCAGCGCCUGGGAGAGUUGGUCCGCUUCAAGUCUGUAUCGCAAGGCCCUGCGAUGCCGGAGAUUGACGAGAAUUUGGAAGACUGCCGUCAGGCCGCUCACUACAUCAAAGCUACGCUCAUGGAGCUGGGGGCGAGUCAUGUGCAGCUCUUGUCGACGGGCGAGGGGACGAAUCCCCUUGUGCUGGGUACGUUCCGUGGCCGUGAGGCCAAGCGACGAUGUGUCUUUUACGGGCACUACGACUGUGUCCCUGCGGGCGAUGGCUGGGACUCUUCGCCAUGGGAGCUGCGUGGGCAAGAUGGCUACGUCUACGGCCGUGGCGUGAGUGACAACAAAGGCCCCGUCCUUGCCGUGGCGUACGCAGCGAGUGAGCUGUUGCACAAGCACGAACUGGAGGUGGACGUGGUCAUGCUGAUCGAGGGCGAGCAGGAGACGGGUUCCAAGUCGUUCCAUGCGUGCCUAGAGCAGAACAAGGAUCUCAUUGGGCCUGUGGAUACCAUCCUUGUAUGCAAUUCGUACUGGCUUGGUGAGCAGCAGCCAUGCCUGACGGUGGGCCUACGUGGUGUCGUGCAGGUGAUGAUCCAGAUCAGUAGUCGGCGGUCCGAUCAGCAUUCAGGCGUGCACGGUGGCGCUGCGCGUGAACCGAUGAUGGAUAUGAUCAAACUCCUAGCAUCGUUGACAGACGAUGACAAUGGGCGCGUCGCGAUUCCCGGCUUCUACGACGAUGUUCGGCCGGUGAGCGAGCAGGAAAUGCAGUGGCUCACGUCCGCCGCGGAAGAAGCGCCUGGGCCGACGACCGCCGAUCAGCUGCGUGCCUUGUGGUGUACGCCUUCGUUCACGGUGCACCAACUUACGAACAGCGGUGGGGCCACGCACUCCUCCAUCAUAUCCAAGGCGGUCAAGGCGACACUGAGCAUUCGCUUCGUCCCGGACCAGGACCUCGAUACGCUCGCGCCACUUCUCCAGCAAACGAUCGAGACGCGCUUCGCAGCGCUGCACUCGUCGAACGAGCUGGAUGUCCAGCUCUUGCACCGCGCAGAUUGGUGGCUGGGCACGACAGAGGGGCCGGCAUGGCACGCCUUGGCCGAGGCGGUCGAGGCGGAAUGGCACCAAAAGCCCACGCUUAUUCGCGAAGGCGGCUCGAUCCCAGGCAUUGCUAUCCUUGAGAAGGUGCUUCAGGCACCGGCCUUGCACUUGCCGAUGGGCCAAGCGUCUGAUCAUGCCCAUCUUCCAAACGAGCGCAUUCGACUGCUCAACCUGGAAAAGGGCCAAGCGGUCGUACGUCGCUUCCUUCGCUCGCUGGGCCACGUGUAA